GGGCUCUGGUCCGGCCACACGCAGGACAACUAAGGGAAGGCGUUUGCCUUUCCCUGGUCCUGUGUGUCCUCAGUGCUCUCCUCUAAUCCAGAAUUACCCCACACGCAACCUAACAUUGCCCUUUGUGAACCAGAGCUGGCGCUUCUUCGUGUUUUCUUUGUUCCCUUCCAAGCACUGCCUGUGCUGAGGGCUACUUCACUGAGUAAGGUGUACUUACAACCACUGGGUUUUGUGGUUGUCCUGCCUGGCUAUCUCAAGAGGAAUGCACUAACUGGAAAUUCCCCUGGAUAAGAGGGGUGGGGGGGGCUUGGAAAGGCCGCCACUUGCAUCAGAUCUGCGGCCCUAAGCAUACGGUCCGGCCAACAACAUGGUCAGAUUUAUGGGACAAAUACAGUGCUUAACGAAGUUUGUUUUUGACUACGUACUGAUAGUCAUUGGAUUCUGCAUUGCUCUGCCCAAUACUUCUGUCAGCACGUACGCUGUCCCGUCCGACAUGAACCUCGGGGGGAUUGGUGGCGGCAUGUCGGAUGAUUUUGCUCGGGCCAAGCGGGUCCAGGAUCAGGUGGCUCUGCGGCUGAUGGAGAAAUCCAAGUCGCUCCCGCGACCUAACUCCCACUACGCCACCUCAGAAUAUGCCGGGUCUUCAUCAGUGAAAUACAACACCAUCGAACCAGGGUUCAGCUCCAAGUCCUAUGUGUACACAGCCUCCAAACCAGCCAUGGCUAACAGGGCGUCUCAGUACUCGGGGGGCUACUCGGCCCGCUCAGCGGUGGACCUGGGUGGGGUCCAGAGGGUCAGCAUGGGUGUUGGACGGGGAGGAGGCGGAGGAGGGUACCAGUACCAGGACGACAUGCGUGUGGGCGGGGGCUACCACACCAUCGGGGGCUACCAGGCAGGAGGAAGACAGGCCAUGAUACAGUCCACCAUGACUAAAGUCGGCCACGUCCCCGUUCAGGAUUUGGAGACAAUGUCCAUGCACUCCAUGAGAUUGCCUGCCCAGUCGUCUGGUUGGGGGGUGGAUGUCAGCGAUGGGGGCAGUAUGAUCUCAGAGCGGGAUUUCUCCCGCAAGCAGUCUGUCUACAGUGCCGUCAACGGAACCACGGGGGGCCAGGUGAACCAGCAGAACAUGGGAACGUUUCCCCGGAGCGGAGGGGCUGUCUCACUCAGCGGGACGUUGACCCGGAGCGGAGGGGCCAUGAUGGGAGGAGAGCAGAUGAUGAUGGUGCAGCAUCAGGAAUCCUUCAAAGGGCCAGCUCAACGCACCAUCAACAGGGUCAACAAGAAAAACCGGAUAUCCAUUACCGGGCAGUCAACUGUGCAGCGCCAGAUGUCCUCUGGGGGGAGCAUGUAUGGAGGAGGGAGUGGAGGAGGCUUUAUAGUGGGCCAGGUGUCCUCGGGUUCCCAGGGCAAUCUGCAGCAAUUGAACAGGAGCAUGUCAAUCAGGAGCAUGCACAGCGUGGGGAGGGGCCGAGACAUCUACGACGGCCAGAACGACAUGACCGGUAGCAUGAUCAAUGUCAGCGGGCUGGACAUCCCUAUGGCGGUCAUGCAACUGGAUGAAGAUGACAUAGCAGAGCAGGUUCAAGGAGCGGCCUAUAUUCAACACGAGUGUUACAACAACAAUGAUGCCAAGAACGAGGUUCGCAUCUGCAAAGGCAUCCAGAAGUUGGUGCGACUCUUCAACAGUGAGAACCUGGAGGUGGCGCGCUAUGCCACCGGCGCCACGAGGAACCUCAUCUACGAGAACCUGGAGAACAAGGCGGCCCUCAUUGAGGCGGGGGGCAUCCCACAGCUGAUAGAGGCUCUGAAGUACAACGAUGACGAGUUACGCAAGAACAUCACAGGGAUUCUGUGGAACCUGUCAUCCAAAGACAACCUGAAGGAGAAGUUGGCCAAGGAGACGCUUGCAGAUCUCACAGAGAAGAUCCUGAUACCGCUGUCAGGCAGCGGAGACUCUGAAGUCAUACAGCAGAGCCCCUCCGAAUCCGACAUCUUCUUCAACACCACGGGAUGUCUCAGGAACCUGAGCUCAGUGAAUGAGAAGACCAGGCAGAAGAUGAGGGAGACCAGUGGCCUGGUAGAUGCUCUGGUGGGUUACGUCAAGGCUUCGCUAGAGGACGGAAAGGUGGAGGGCAAGGGAGUGGAGAACACGGUGUGUGUCCUGAGGAACCUGUCGUACCAGCUCUACAGCGAGAUCCCCCCCUCAGCCCUCCUGCGUCUGGAAGGACCGUCCCGGGACCAGGACACCAGCUUCAGCCAAGCCAUCGGCUGCUUCACGCCACAGAGCAAGAAAUUAAAAAAUAAGAACCAGGACAUGGCUACAUUCACAGAGGUCGCCCGCAUACCGAAAGGCGUGGAGUGGCUGUGGCACCCCCAGGUGGUUGGGCUGUAUAACAACGUGCUGCAGGGCUGUGAAAUCAACUCCACGACACGCGAGGCGGCGGCCGGAGCUCUGCAGAACAUCACCGCUGGAGACAAGAGGUGGGCAGGAGUGCUGAGCAGGGUGGCUCUGGACCAGGAGAGGAUGCUUCCUGUCCUGCUGGACAAGCUGCGGACCAACAAUGACAUGGAACUGAGAUCCCUCACCGGCUUCCUCAGGAACCUGUCGCGCCACGCCAGCGACAAGAGCGCCAUGGCCACUAAAAUAGUCCAGAACCUUGUGAACAAGCUGCCAGCCGACGGUAACCAGAAGGAACCGUCCAGCGACGUGGUGGUGAACAUCUGUGGAGCGCUGAACAACCUGGUCGCCAGCAGCUCCCUCGCAGCCCGGGACAUCACCUUCUUUGACGGGCUGCAGAAACUGGUGGCCAUCAAGGACUCACACGACAGCAGUCCUGGGAAGCUGAAAGCCGCCAAAGCAGCGGCCACAGUCCUCUGCAACAUGUUCCAGUACAAGAAGCUGCACAAGAACUACAAACAGAAAGGCUUCACGCGACCAGACUUUGCCGACUCGACGAUCUGAACGGGGACUGUAGAAGACUCGCCAGCUCUCUGUCUCUCUCGACCCCUCUGCCAAGUGGCCGGAAAAAUCUGUGAACUCUAGUGACGAUGGACUGAUCUGAACAACGGAAGACAUUUCUCCUUCCCUCACUUUUCUGCUCAUGCAAAUGGAGUGAGAAGAACUACGGCGCUGCGAGUGACAACAAAGACCGGUGGAGAGAAAACAUUAAAAGGCUGUGAUGAGGAUGGAUGCGCGCCCCCCAUUUAAAUGCUGUUUGUAUUUACUGCCGUACGUUUUUUUUUUCACAUUGUAAAUGCUUUUGUCGAUAGAGAAGAGACAGUGGGACUGAUAGUGGAGAGCACCCUGGAAUUGGAGUAGGUCGGACUCGAACCGGCGCUGCAGCUGUAUGCACCAGAGGCAGGAGGUCUGCACUGGGUUCGAAUGGUUUAUUGUUGAAUCAUCUGCGUUUGAAUGGUUUAUUCUUGAAUCACCUGGGUUUGAAUGCUUUAUUCUUGAAUCACCUGGGUUUGAAUGCUUUAUUCUUGAAUCACCUGGGUUUUAAUGCUUUAUUGUUGAAUCACCUGGGUUUGAAUGUUUUAUAUAGUCUUUGGUGGAAUCAGGGACUCUCAAUGCAACAUCAAUCUGCCGUGACUUAUGACGACAUGCUGUGGUGUUUUUAGCACCAGAUCCCACUGACGCCAUUUUGUCACCCCGGUCCCAGAUCUGUGUGCUCUUUAGCCAACUCCUACAGGUAGCAAGACAACACGAAACCAAUCUGGUCCUGGAUCAGUCAAUCAAUCACAUUUUUUCUAUAAAGCCCUUUUUACAUCAGCAGUUUGAAACCCAACAAAACACCCAGGUGAAACCCUAAAGAGCAAGCAACCACAGGGUUGAUGCGGAGUAGCUCGGAAAAACUCCCAAAAAGGGUCGAAACUCAGGAAGAAACCUAGAGAGGAACCGGGCUCUGAGGGGCGGCCUGUCCACUUCUGGCUGUACUGGGGGAAAAUAUUAAUAGUAAACAUUUUAAUAAUUAAUAAAUGUAUGUGGGCUUUGUAAAAAGUCAUCAGUUUUGGAUCCGUUUUUUGUUGGCUUUUGCUGUAGGUUGUAGUCAGUGUGAGGAGGUUAAAUGAUGGCUUGACUUGUUGAAUGAAUUAGGAUGACCAUUUAACAGAGCCAAAACUGACCUCCAAUGAAGCUGGCGCACAGCGUUAUUCGUACAGUGGAACCCGUUUAAUUUAUACAGGCAAUGGUGCUUUUACUAACAUGGAAUGGUUGAUAUUUCUAGGUGUUAUAUAUUAGUUUUUGUGUUGUGUGGCUUUUAUUUGUCAGACAAAACAUUUACAUUUUAGUCUCAUCCAUAGUGACUCAUAGUAAGGGCAGACAUUUUAAUAGUGCUUGGUGAAACCACCAAACAGCUCGUUAGUGUGUGCAUUCAAAUCAGUGACUAAGAUAUUGGUCAGUGCUGGAAGGAAAACCAUGCAAAUAAUGAACACAAUAA